UGUAAGAACACAGUGCAAGCGAAGAUGGUAUCCUUAAGAACCCUUACAAAAACUGCGACGUACAUCGCUUUCGGUGGAAUCACCGCUGCGUUGAUUAUGAAGGUUAAACUAGAGGACAAAAUUCGUCGUCAGCCAUACUACAAGGAUUCGCUAAAGCUCCUUCGAUCUCAUGCCGGGGCAGUCCAAUUGCUCGGUGAACCUAUAAAGGACCUCAGCUUCGACGUGGGGGAAGAAAGCCCGAAAUUUGGUGGAGGAAAAAUCGACAGCUUUGCGGUGCCGGUGCGAGGUACACUCACCCGAGGGAAGUACUACUUCUGGGCGGAAAUGCAGGACGACCGUUGGAUCAUCAAGCGGGCUGAGCUUGAACUGCAAAAUGAACCUGACCGUCGUUUGGUUAUCAAAUCAGAGGCGUGACUGGGUCAUUUUUAAGUUAUUAGUAGCCUUGUUUCGUUUGCUUUGUAAAUAUGAAAUAAAGUCAUAGCCGAUGAAAUCGUUUGAC